CCAACCUAGCUAGUUUGACAACCACCAAGGAACACUAUGAAAAAAAAAGAAAAAUAAAUUCCAUGGCCAUCUCCACAAGAAAGAAGAAUUGAAACUACCAGAAUCAGAUGCUUCACGCAACUUCCCGUCUUCCCCCCACUUCUGUAUCGAAUUGGAAUUCAAUUCUCCACAUUUCAGACAUUUCAUCCUUAAUCAAUUAAAUAUAUACAUCAAAACCUAGAUUUUUAACCUUGCCAAAAAACUAAGGAUUCAAAAAUGGCAGGAGCAUUUAGGAGAUUAUUAACAAGAAAAGUGUGGCGCAGUGCAGUUUCUUCUCCUAAACCCAUAAACCCUACAAUUCAUUCUCAAUCUCAAACCCAAUAUCUGUAUAAUCAAAUUCCUUUCAAUCAUGGUUACAGAACCCAGCAACAAAUAUUUCAUGCUUUUAAAGAUCGCCUUCCAUUUUUUAUCCCUGAUUCUACCCGAUCUCUUUGCAUUCCGCUCUUGCUAGCUGGUGUUUUUGGUGUUGGAAUCCUAGACGUGGCUUUUGCAGAUACCAAUGAGGUACCUACUAGGCCUCCGUUGCCAUCUGAAAUCCCUUCAAGCUACGAUGAUCUUGAAGAAAUAGCAAAAAAGGAACGACGUAAGUUAGAGGAUCUAAUUAGAAGUAAAGGCAUGAAGUAUGGUUCUUAUCCCCGAUUCACAGUUGCUGUGAAGGGCCAGAAGAUCGCAAUCAAGUUCCAAGUACCCUCCAAUUGUGAAAUCCCUAGACUGAUUGCAAACCUCGCUUCAACUCUCAAUGGGGGUUCACCUAUGGAAGUUCAAUCUUGGGACAGCACCGUAGCUUGGCAGCUCGCACUUAGCCUACCAAACGUAAAGCAAGAAAGUGGAGGGAGCGGUACUGGAGAAACCAUUUCAAAUAACGGUGAUCUUUGUGUUCUUAUAUUUCGCUCAUUGAUAAGUCCUGAUAAACCGGAGGUUGAGUUCUUAAAGAAAGGACAUUUCUGCCCUGCAGAGCUUGAGGCUCUGGUGUCUAUCAUGCAAAUUGCUAGUGAAAAGCUAGGGCAGAGCAAAACGACAGGAAAACCAUCUACAAGUAAAUCAAUUACUAGUUUAGAAUCCAUGGGCGUACGUGUAUUUGGGCUUGACGAACCACGGGUUACGUAUGCAAAUGAAGAGAUAUCAUGGGAUACCAUUGCUGGCUAUGAGCAACAAAAGAGGGAAAUAGAGGAUACCGUGUUGUUGGCUCUGCGUAGUCCAGAAAUUUAUGAUGAUAUAGCCCGUGGAACCCGGCGAAAAUAUGAAUCGAACAGACCCCGAGCUGUGCUUUUUGAAGGCCCUCCAGGAACUGGGAAAACCUCGUGUGCCCGAGUUAUUGCUAGUCAAGCGGGGGUUCCUCUGCUGUAUGUUCCAUUGGAAGUUGUCAUGUCCAAAUAUUAUGGUGAAAGUGAGCGUCUCUUUGGGAAAGUCUUCUCACUUGCCAAUGAGCUUCCCGAUGGGGCAAUCAUAUUUUUGGAUGAGGUUGAUUCUUUUGCUACUGCUCGGGAUAGUGAAAUGCAUGAAGCCACUCGAAGAAUUUUAUCAGUGCUAUUGAGACAGAUUGACGGUUUUGAACAAGAUAAGAAGGUGGUGGUGAUUGCUGCAACUAACAGAAAGCAAGAUAUUGAUCCUGCUUUGAUUAGCCGAUUUGAUUCAAUGAUAUACUUUGGAAUUCCGGAUGAACAAAAUCGUCAAGAAAUAGUGUCUCAGUAUGCAAAGCACCUGACCAAGUCCGAAUUGGCCGAGUUUGCUGUAGUCACCGAAGGCUUGUCUGGAAGGGAUAUCAGGGACGUAUGUCAACAGGCAGAGAGACGUUGGGCAUCAAAGGUUAUUCGGAAUCAAAUAUCAAACUCCUCAAAAAAUGCUAAUGAAACAUCUCUCCCCCCUCUACAAGAAUAUAUCGAGAGCGCAAUCGCUCGGAGGAAAUGCCUUGUUGAGAUUGAAGAGCAAAGAAAUCAAAAUCAGAGUCAUCGCAGUGAUAAACGACCAUUGCAGAUGGGUUGAUGGUAGCUUUCAAAUGCCCAUUUAGCGAGAAAUGAUUGUUCGAUUUUUUGUAUCGAUUACUAUACAAGAAUAGGUAGAGAACUUCAUAAGCUUCCGAAGGUGUAACAUUGAAGAAAAGUUAGAUAUAUUUUUGCAAACACAUGUAUUUAAUCGAGUUCAAAGAUUAGGCUUGCAUAAUGAAUUAGUUACCAGAUUAAAUGGACAUGAUUUUCUAGUUCGCACCAAAAUAUUAUUACAUAUUUGGUAGACCAUCUAUAUUCGACGAUCUAAUAGUUUAAGAGUCUUAUCUAGUAUAGAAAUGUUAAGGGUAUAAUGCACCAUCUCACUCAAAACUCCUUAGAUUUGUUUGGUGAUGGUGUUGGGUUGAAUAUUGAAAUUGAUGUAAAACUUGUUUUCUAAUGACAUCUAUAAGAAGCUUGAUUUAUCGGUUCA